AUGGAGAUCGUCUUGUUCUUGGAGUUGGUGGCUAUAAGUGUGUUCAUUAGCGGUGGUGUUGCGUUCAAUUUCCACGAGCGUCAGACUCCGUGUCACGACCCGGACGAGCGGUGUGUGCGGAUCACAGAGUGUGCCUCGUUCCGGACCAGAGAGGCACUGCUGCAGGCCCGACCGCCAGCGCUGCCGGAGCGCUGUGGCGACCCGUACCGUGUGGUGCGGAGUACCAAGCGCUGGUCGCGCGGAAAGCUGGGCGCUGUGGGUGCUCACGUGGGCCGCUGGCCGUGGCUGGUGCUGUUCGGUCGCUGGACGGAUGCUGGUCUGGGCGGCUGGUUCUGUGGAGGAGCGCUCAUCACUGAUCAGCACGUGCUAACGGCGGCGCACUGUAUGCACCCGGAGGAGGCCGGAACGCGGAACAUCUCGCGCGUGGUGCGCCACCCGCGCUUCAACGGCGCGCAGAAUGACGUAGCCGUGGUGCGCCUCUCGACCCCAGUGAAGCUGACCGAGGGGUUGUGGCCGGUGUGUCUGCCUCCGAGGCAGUCUCCGGUCACUGGUGGUCCGCUCUGGGCGGCAGGAUGGGGCGCCACUCAGCGGGACGGUCACCCGGCCUCCGAGCUAGCCGACACACCUCUCCAGCUGACGGACCUGAACCGCUGCGAGGAGACCUACAGACGCACUCCGCUGUUCGACGCACGGUUCCCGGGCGGUUUCCAGGGGACCAAGCUGUGCGUGAGUCGCGUGGGCGGCGCGCCGCGGGACUCUGCCGCGUGUCCGGCCGACUCCGGCGGACCUCUGAUGGAGCCCACUGAGGGAGGCAGGUAUCAGGUGGUGGGAGUGUGGUCGAUAGGUAUGGAGUCGUGCGGGACAGAUCAGUUCCCGGCCAUCUACACACGGGUGGCCGCCUACACAGACUGGAUCUUUGCUAAUCUGACCUGA